AUGGUGUUCUUUAAUCGGUGUGUGACACGUGGCAGCCAACGAUCAAGCCACAUCACUCUACGACAGUGCAUGUGGCAAAUCCGUGUCCAAUCAGCAGACACGCAGUGUACAAUUUUUUCACCUUCAGCAAACAUGCCAUCUUUUUUGGCAAAUCAGGUUGUGACACGUAUCAAGUUCGUACUGUACGGACGCCACGCAGAUAAGGAGCUGAAGUUUUGGGGACGGCCAUAUGAUCAUGUGCAAGAUAGACCCAAAAAACCAACCCCCUCUCAAAAAGAGCUAGAGAGUGGAGAAGGCAGGAGGUGGUCGGAGGGUGGCAGUGGUGGUGGUAGGCUAGGCGGCGGUGGUGAAAUUGAGCCAGGUAGAGUUGGCAGAGGUUAUUGGUGGUGGUGGCCACAAUUGGCAAGUGGUGUUGGAGGGCCGGCGAGGCGGUGGCCGGUGUUGGCAGGUGGUGCUGGAGGGCCGGCGAGGGCCAAAGUGGUCAGUGGGGGGCCGCUGGCGGUAGCCGGCGGCGGGACCGGAGGGGCCAGUGGGGGGCCAUAG